AUGGGGAGCAUGCCUCGUGUUGAAACACUCCCCAAGGGGACAGUGUUGGUCGCUGGUGGCGGGCCUGUUGGAUUGCUGGUUGCCAAAGUGCUAUCGCACUAUGGCAUCAAGUCGGUGCUGUUCGAACGCAACACAUCGACGACCAAGUGGCCAAAGAUGGAUUUGACCAAUUCGCGUUCCAUGGAGAUCUUUCGACGACUAGGUCUCUCGGAAGGACUGCGUCAGCUCGGUGUACCAGCAGAUAUCCCCCAACACGUUCUCGUUUCAACGGGACUCUCCACCAAAGCUCCCGUCACCGUAUGGCCACUCCCCAGCGUUAACGCUGUUAGACAGCAGAUUCUGGAAAGGAAUGACGGGAGUCAACCUCUGGAGCCGUGGCAAAGAGUCUCGCAGGUCAUUUUUGAGAAAUGGCUCAAAACCCUCUGUGAUACCGACCCAAUGGUCAGUGUCAGAUUUGGAUGGAAGGUCGUGGGCAUCCAGGAAGAGCAGGACUGCGUGCGAUCUACUCUACAGAAUGUUGAGAGCGGUGAGACGGUGAUAUUCGUGUCUGAUUAUCUGGCUGGUUGCGAUGGAGCAUCCAGCAAAACUCGACAGUCGAUGGGAUUUCCUCUGGAUGGCGGUCCAGUUCCAACUUGCGUCGUUCUCGUCCAUUUUAAGUCUACAGACCUAACCCGCCUCCAUAAACAAGGACAAUUCUGGCACAUUUUUAUAGCUGGAGAACCAGGUGAAUUGAGGGGUGCAAUCAUCUCUCAAAACGAAAAGGAUAUUUGGACGACCCACCUCUUCUUGCCUGUAGAUACAGAUACCGAUUCUAUCGCCUCUGAGGAGGCUGUCUACCGAGUUUUAGGAGGGCUUUAUGAAAAUUACCCCAUCAAGAUCGACGAGAUACUUGUGCGCUCGACUUGGAGACCUAAUAUCGCAAUCGCACGAAAAUGGACGGGCCCUCACUAUCGUGUCUUCAUUGCUGGAGACGCUGCGCACCAAAAUAUCCCUACGGGAGGUUAUGGAAUGAAUACGGGAAUCGGUGAUGCUUAUGAUCUCGGGUGGAAACUGGCUGCAGUCAUCAAAGGCUACGCCGGUAAGGGACUACUUCAAUCCUAUGAAGAGGACCGUCGUCCGAUUGCGAUGAGAAAUAUCGAGCACUCAGGACGGCACUUCCGCGUUCACGGACAGAUGAGAGAAAUCUUCGGUGAUGGUGAUCCUCGCCGGAUCGAUCAAGACACGCCAGAAGGACGAGAUCUAAGACAGCGGCUGAUAGAUCAUUACCAGACAAACGACGGCGAAAACAAGGAUAUUGGCAUCGAGAUGGGCUACCGUUACAAGUCGCGGGUCAUCAUAACGGAUCACACCGAGAAGGAGCCUGAAUGGGUUGUUUCGCGGUACACGCCAUCCACCUGGCCUGGCGCUCGACCUCCUCAUAUCUUUCUGUCUGACUCAACCCCAAUAUUUGACCACUUCGGUAAAGAUUGGACGCUACUGUGCUUCACUGACCAAGAUUGUGGUUACAAAAUCCUCACCGAUGCGGCGAGUCGAUGGUCCAUUCCUCUGAAGUACGUCAACCUUGCUGGGGAGGAGUUAGCGCAGAGACUGUAUGAGAAGGCGCUGGUCCUGGUUCGACCGGACGGCCAUGUAGCUUGGAGAGGGGACGAAGUCCAUGAUCGAAAGGAGGCUGAGAUGAUUUGGAGCACUGUGGUGGGCAAGUCAGGAAGCGAAGAGAAGAUCGGGAUUGAUAUGAAAGCGGCCGUGAAGCCAGCCGAAGCUUUCACGACAACGGUGGGAUUGACUACUCAAGUCAGCACAUUUGAGAUGGAAAAGAUGGGUGAAUUCCAGCGGUAG